AUGUCGGUGGGAGAAAAGCAACACUAUGCUCUCGCCCUCAUCAAGAAACUUUUCGAUAAUCUCCCUACCGAUAUGACUGUUGGCCUGUUGUAUGACAUUGGCUUCUUUCACGCCUACGGCCACCAAUGGGCAUGUCAAAUUAUAUACCAUCCUCGCAAAUGUGAAGGCUUUGGCCUUUCGGAUGGAGAAGGUUGCGAGUGUUUAUGGAGUGCCCUGAAACAUCUUAUUGCUCCGCUACGCGUUUCUGGGUUUCAUCAGCGACUUUUUGUCCUCAACACUCAAGUCCGGCACCUCAAUGAGAAGAACCUUAGUUUAUAUGGCAACUGGUUGAUCCGGAGGUGGAAUAACUGCAUCAAGAAGAAGAGUACUGCAACGCAGGCUCUACGAAUGGAAAUCGCAAGUUGA